AAGCAAGAGAAGCUCUCAAAUCUAUUUUAAGCAGCAGCGCCCCUUAUUUUUUUUCUUCAUUCCCUUCAAUUCGAUUCCACAUUCACAAGCAUAAUUAAGUUAUCUUCUGUGUGUGUGUGUGUGUCUGUUUCUUCCUUGAUAUGGUGACAUUAGAAACAGCUUUACUUCCAUCAAAGCUAAGGCUGUCGUCCCCGCCCUUUACACAAGAAAAUUGCUCUUCCUUUCUUCGCAGUGCCUCUAGAAAAUACAAGAAGUAUGAAACCCUAGUCCCAGUGGCAAGGCUGUUGGGGCCUGCAGUUUUUGAGGCAUCAAAGCUUAAAGUCGUGUAUGUUAAUAGUGAUGAAGAAAAGUUGCAGCCACCAAAACUUCCGAGAACUUAUACACUUACACACUGUGAUCUCACCGCUAAGCUCACUCUUGCAAUCUCAGAAAGCAUUAACACUCGUCAGUUACAAGGAUGGUACAACAGACUACAGAGAGAUGAAGUGGUGGGUGUUUGGAGGAAGAUCAAAGGGAAAAUGUCGCUGCACGUUCAUUGCCACAUCAGCGGUGGUCAUUUCCUCUUGGACAUUUUGGCUAAGCUCAGAUAUCAGAUCUUCUGCAAAGAACUCCCUAUGGUGCUCAAGGCAUUUGUGCAUGGAGAUGAGAAGUUGUUCAAGAAGUACCCAGAGAUGGAGGAGGCCUUGGCCUGGAUCUACUUCCAUUCGAACAUUCCAGAAUUCAACAGGGUCGAGUGCUGGGGCCCACUAUACUUGGCUACUGGUGGGCCUCAUAACCACAACAUCCAUGACAUGCAUCACCAGCCCUGUCAACAUUGCUGCACGUGUUGCACACCUAAUGUGUCCAAACCACCUGGCCCCACCCUUUGACUGCACCAAUUUCUUUUUUUCAAACUCUAUUUUAUAUUGUCGUUGGUUUGUAUGAACUCCAUUAUUAUUAUUAUUAUUAUUAUUAUUAUUCUUUUU